AUGGCCGAACCGCAGGGCUUCCUCAAGCUUCCCCGCGAACUGCGCGACCAAAUUUACGAAGACUACUUCACACUUGAAGGGGGUUAUCAUUACAACCUCCAAACGAACAAGCUGCUUGCAGCGCAGGCCGAGAUUAUUGACCUCGGUAUUAGGCUUACAUGCCGUCAGGUGGCAGCUGAGACCCGUGGCCUUGGUCUUAACCUGAAUCCGAUCAACUUCUCAACCGUGUGCGACGAGAACCUCCGCCAACGGGCGGGCCGAUUCAACGCGAUCCAGAUAAUCAUCAGCGAACUCAAGGCAAAAUACCUACUAUGGCACGCUCCGCUAUCUGGCCUCAUCGAUAGCGCAAUAUGCGACUACGUGGGAAAACACCAUUCGGCGUUCUUGCCCACCAUUCAGACAAUGCAGUGUUUUGGACGCACUGGAAUCGGUCGCAACGUCGAUGAAUGGAAGGAGAUCCCGUCACAAACCCGACAAUUCAUCGCGUCCACAUUGGAAGCCAUUGCCGCAAAACCCGAUUUCGAAGACGCCGUCAGUCGGGAGCCACAUUGGAAGGGGACCGCCUACACGGCAAGUCCCGAUCCGGUGCCUGUGGUAAGACACAGUCAUUCACCAUGGAUGUUCCCAAGUGAGGACGACAUUUCCGAUAUGCUCGAGCUCAUAGAACCUGUAUCCGUCGAGGCCAGCUAUCCCAAACCGUGGCUAUAUUGGGAUCAAGAACAAUAUAGGUUCUCGGCAGCGACUGCAGCCAUCCGCUUCCUAGAAUCUAUGCCGGUUGAAACGCGACUGGCAUUGCGCAAUCUAGUGCUACACGAAGAUCUUGAGUCUGUCGCAUGGCCUGAGUGCCAUGGUCAGGGCUUGAUACCAUUCUGCCAAGGGAAUUCUGACUUGCAUAUAGAACGUCGAAUCAGCCUUUGGAGAACCAUCCUACCUGCCGCAUCAAUGUCGCUGUGCGAAUUGCAGUCGCAAACACUCGAAGAUAUGCAACAAUGGAAACUCGACCGCUUGACGGCGAACAUGAUCAGUCGGGGACACUGGGGCGACAACGGGGUUGCUGCCUGGAUAAUGGAAGCGCUGGCACUUGCGUCUCUAGGCAUGCCGGCAGGUGCCUUCAACCUAGUCAUAGACGGGAUGCCGACGCCUGAGACCUCGGCGCAAGUCUUCAAUGUCCUACAACGAGACGCCGCAUGGCAAUCCGCGUAUCAGCAGUGCGUCAAAACUCCUGAUUCACAGUCAUGCCAACUUAACUGGAUAAUGGUUCGAGAGAAUGCUGCAUUCAUCAUGAGGGGCUUUCCAGAGGCUUUGCAAGAGAUAUGUUCCGGGAAGUCCCUGGUUAGAUGCAACUUCGACACUGGCUACGCACACGAUGUGGACCAAAUUGUUGCACAAGGACGUACGUGGACAUUGAUAGAAUGGCGGAAAAAUUGGCAUUCUACCGCACAACUUCAAGCCGACAUUCAUACUGUGGCGCCAUUGCCAAGCUGGCUUGAGAUUCGGCAAGAGAAACUCCUGGGACGCACAGGCAGCGAUUGA